UUUUUAAGUGUUAUGUUUUCCCAGAUUCAUAGUGUUAUGCAGCCCAGGCCUAUCUAGGAAGGCUGGGCAUAAAUAGUUUGCUCACAGCAUCACAUGAUGACGUGGGCAACAUAAACACUUAAACUCUGUGGAUUAAAGUUAAUAGUAAUCAAAACUAAUUUCACCACGAAAGGAAGUGCAAUCGAAAUGAAUGAAGAAGACAAGGUCAUUCCAGUGAGUUAAUAAAAUGACAAGGUGUUGCCUGUCAGCGUUGUAGACUACUGCCUCACAAGCCCGGGCUUUAGUGGCACUGGCAUACGCGCUUGCCUCUGCACUGAAGGAGCCACCGAACGCGUCCGCGUUGCAGCUCUCACUUUCUCCCGCUACAGUAUGUCCUACAAUGACAUAUUUGGUGGGGAUUUGCAGCCAACAAUAGGAUUGGAUUGGGACUAAAUCAAUGAAUAAAACGAUAUUGAAAUGAAUAUUAUUAACAAAUAUUUCCCAGAAGAUUUUGGGUUCAACCUAAGGCUGACUAGGACAGAUCAAUCAACUUGAUCCGACACAGUCAGCCUACAUGUCAUACGUAGCAGAGAGGGGGGAUGGUGAUCCUCAGAGGGAAGGAAAGGAAGUUGUUGAGGAAGAACCGGUGGCCACGCCCAAAGAGGAGGCCAAGAAGGGAAGGAAGGCAAAAAGUAAGAGGAGUGGCAAGAAGUCAAGGAAGCUGGGCACUGACAACGAUGCAGUCUCCAGGAAUAAACACCUGGAUAGAGGAUCUGUAAUUGAGCUCCUGGAGAAGAAAGCUGUUAAGGCUGCAUUCGGCCCAGGCAACAAGGAUGAAAUGGAAUACUCCUACCCAAUCCUCAUCUCAUUCCUGCGCAAUCUUACUGAUGAGCAGUGGCAAGUGAUCUACAAAGGACUAAAAAACCCUAUGACGAAGGAACAGCUUGCCAAAUUGUGCAAGACAAUUGUAACCUUCAUCGCACAGACCACCCUGCAGAUCCUGCUGCCAGCCCUGGCCCGCGUACUUGGGGUAAAGGACUUUGCUGACGACGACACUGACUCACCCAAGAGGGGUGGCAGUGCAAGAUCCUUUGCUGCCUUUGAUCAGGAAAGACUGGAGCUCAUCCAGGAAGUUAGAUAUCUGGCGAAGAAAAUGUAUAAGGGCGGCACAGGGGCUCAACAUCUCAGGUCCCUAACACCCUCUUCUAAGAGUUCCCAGACCUCAGUGAAAGUCCACCUGGGAAUGACAGAGGACAGAAUCAUCAAAAGUGUCCAGGAGCAACUGUCUGAUCAUAAUAUCCUGUCCUCUUGCCCACCUGAGCUGACUGUUGGUCUUAUCAAGGUGGUGGUCGAACAGCUUAACUCUGCCCUCUCUGCGACCAUCAGCAGAGCCAUUUCAGGGCAGUCCUCCCCUAUUUCUUCUGGUAACCAGGCCGCUGAACAAAUGGUCAACAUGGUCCAGAAAUGUUUUGAUGAUCACGCCACUCCAGAGGACCAGAGCUCCACCUCUGUAUUAGAGUCAUGCAUUCCACCUGCAACAGAAGAGGUGAUGACUGUUAUUGCAGAGAUGGUGGGUGAAUUGGAAAAAAGAUCCGGAAUUGGUUAACGUUUUUCGAGAAGUGGCUGUGAAAGUUAAAAUGUUGGCAUCUGGCAGUGACCUUGUAGUGGAGCACCUGGAUGUUGAAGACGACUCUCCUGUUCCAGAGGAGCUGAACAUAAUGUGUACAU